AAAAAUUAAUGUGAAAUUUUUUCUCUACACAUAAACCCACAACACACACAAAUCACUUAAAAUAUGUUUUACUUGAAAUCACCUUUAUUUCACUGUCCACUUGUUGAACUACAAUUGAGUAAACGGAAUUUUGAUCUUACCUGGCUAUGCACGGCUCCUUCAAUUACUACUUACCGUGUUAAUCUUUUACAAACUACAACUGAAUGCUAUAAGGAUUAUGUUGAAAAUUUACUAAAAGGACGUUAUAAAAGCUCCCCUAAAAUUUAUACUUUGAGUGAUUUACCGGAAGUAUUGUGCAUAGGAAGUGUAUCAACACCGGAAACGCUCAAACCGAGUAUGAUAGAACAGAGGGAAAUCAUAGUCGACGAUUGUUGCGGUGCUGCUGUACUGAGGGGUGCUCAUAUUUAUGCAGUGGGUGUACUGGCUAUGGAGUCUGGCACUAAACUCCACGAUAUUGUCAAUGUUUAUGCCGAUCUUACAGGGAAAUGUAAAAAAGGUACAAAUAUACGUUUUGAAUCUGAUAAAAAGUUGUACCUCGGCCAGGGACGAGUUUUAAUGCAACGUUAUCAAUUAUUUGGUGCUUCAGGUGCUAAAACAGGUAUAGCUGUUGAAAUGUUAAACACCGUAUCAAGUGUACCUUCAAUUGGAGAUUUAAGUAGCGCCAAAGCUUUAUUACAAAACUUACCCUCCAUUGUUUGCGUUAGGGUAUUAAAUCCACAAAAAAAUGAAAUAAUCUUAGACAUGUGUGCGGCUCCCGGUAACAAAACAACACAUAUAGCGGAAUUAAUGGAAGACAAGGGUGUAAUACUAGCUUUAGAUAAAACGGUAAAUAGAAUCGCUUUAAUAGAGGAAAAAAUCAAAAAAUAUAAUCUCAAUUCCAUCAAUGUUUAUGCUUAUGACGCCACCAAAUCCUUUAAUGGAAAAUUAAAUAGCGAAUCGUCAAAUGAAAUAAAACCGCCAUUUAAAGCAGAAACGUUUGAUCGUGUAUUAUUAGAUGCUCCUUGUAGCGGCUUAGGUAAUCGACCUAUAUUGGUAGUGAAAACAACGGCAAAAAUGUUAGACUCGUAUCCGAAAAUACAACGUAAAUUAGUAAGCAACGCUGUGGCGUUGUUAAAACCGGGAGGUUGCUUAGUAUAUAGCACCUGUUCUAUAAACACAUCAGAAAAUGAAGAAAUCGUAGCUUGGGCGUUGGCAAAACACUCUAAUUUAGAGUUAAAAGAAGCUGUUCCAAUUUUUGGUUCGAGAGCAUUGCCAUGUCAAGGAUUAACCGAAAGACAAAGGGAUAUGCUGCAACGUUUUUCUCCUGAUACCAAAAAAUUUGAUACUGUAGGUUUUUUUAUAGCUAAGUUCGUGAAGAAGCCUAUAUGAAACUCAGACAACACUUUUAUGUAUAAUUUAAUACCUUCGUGAAUAGCCUAUGUCAUUUUUAAAUGCAAAUAGGUUUAAUUGUUAUAUAAAAAUUCGUCUCCAUCUAUUUUAUUCAUUUACGCGCGACCCGUAAGUGACGAUAUCAUUAAAUGGUUUAGAACUUUCAAU